AUGAUGAACAGUGUGUUGAAUCCAACCGAUCUGAUUUGGAAUUAUUCAACCAACUAUGCACUACACUGUCCACCAAAUAAUUUAAACCAGAAUACAUUAAACGAAAGCAAGAAAGAGGAUACUUCUACGUGUACGUCUCCUGAGUCAGCAUCAAAAGAUUUUGAUAGUGAAACGUCUUUAAAGCAUGAUUCAAUGGACACAGAACAUGUAGAAUCAAAAGCAAAUGGACUCUGGCUAACUGACGCCGAUUUACACUCCCUACCAAAUCUUGUUGAAGCGAUUAAAAAGUUCCAUUCAAAUGAUGAAUGUGGUUAUGAAGCAUGUCGUGCGUCAAGACUUAGAGAACAUUAUCAUUGUGGUGUGUGUAGUAAGAUUCUUUUACGACGUGAAGAAAUGAUACGACAUGCUAAAUGGCAUAGAAAACGUGAAGAGAGUAUGCAGUAUGGAUUUAUGCGUUAUAGUCCAUGUGAUGAUUGUACAAUUGCUGCUUGCCCACAUAAUGGACGUCAAACGCAUUAUCAUUGCAUGCAAGCAAACUGUGAUAAGGUGUAUAUCAAUGCUGUUAUUAUUCAAGAAGGCUUUCAACGAUUUCGUGCAACAGAAAACUGUGGUAUUUCUAGUUGUCCAUACAGUAAAGAGCAUACAACACAUUUUCAUUGUCGACGUAAUAAUUGUCAUUUUACGUUUAAAAAUAAAGCUGAUAUGGAGAAGCACAAAUUACAUCAUCAAAAAAAUGAUCGAUAUGCUCAGGAUGGAUUUCGUCGAUAUAUAAAGUGUGAAAAUUGUGACUUUCCAGACUGUCAAUAUUCUGGUGUUAUCAAUCAUAUUCAUUGUAUACGACCAGGAUGUGACUAUGUGAUCCAUUCGUCCAGUCAAAUUCUCUCGCAUAAACGAAAACACGACAAACGCUUCACCUCUUUCUCUCCCAGACACCUAAGCACUGUAUGUCGUGACGAUUUGAGUCAAACAUUCUCAUCACUAAAUCAAGAUCAAGAAACAGAUUCUGACGGUAUGACGAUGACUCCGACGACGGCGACGGUGAGAAAUGUAUCUGGAGGUGGCAACGACGCUGACUGUAAUAGUUCUAUAACCUCGCCAGUUAUUGACACACCUGAAAUCAAUGGGACUUCAAAAUAUUCACUGGAAAACACCAAAAAGUUCACUGAAACCUGUGAAAUUCCCGUACUUCAGCAUAAUAACUCAAAUAUAGAAUUCUCCGCCAGUAAAGUAUUUCAUCCAUAUGAUGAUUUGGAUUUCAAUAUGACUGAGCCAAUUUCAAUUACAAAUUUGUUAAGUCAGGUUUCAAAACUUGUUGGUCUGUGUAUUUGUCGACGUCAGAAUUAUGCUGAUGGGUCAUUUUAUGAUUCUGAUGGAGAUAUCAAAGGAAAGUGUGUAAAUAAGGACCAAGAAAAUACACUAAUCUAUACAAAAAUCGAUAAAAUUCUUAAAACCUUACAUCAGUCAUAUAAUCAACAUUCAAAUGAAUGUUUCUGGCCUGGAUGUCCUUCAAAAGGUGGUAAAAAUGAUGUGAAAUUAUUAGGAGAUGAGCCGAAAUCUCUGUGUAAAUAUUGGUUAUCCCAUUUAUGGGAAGCUUGUCUUUCAUUCUUUGCCUAUGUAGAAUGUGAUCGACCCAAUUGUCCAAUGAAAUCUGUGCCUAAUCAUAUUCAUUGUCGUUUUUGGCCAAAAUGCAGCUUUACCAACCCUUCAGGUUAUUCAAAUUUUCAAGUGUUAUAUGAACACCUCCUCCUACACGAUGAACAUUUCACCUCAAAACUAAACUAUCCAACGUGUAUACAAAAUGAAUCCAUAUGUAAUGUAGCCUUGAGUACAUCGUACAACUUUGUAAAUCCAAGACGUAGAGGUCGACCGCCGAAAUAUGCUAAAUACAUCCAUGUGCCUCAUCUCAAUCCACCGGAGAGCUUAAGAACUACUGAUGACUACACCAAAGAUUUAUCCUACUCUAUGUUUUUCAGCCAACCGGAGGGCAACAAACCCGACAGUGUUGAUCAGUACCAGACAAACGCUGGAAUUGUCAGUGACUGUGAUCAGUUCAGGCAUAUUCAGCUGGGUGUUAAAUUAUUUCUCACCGGUGAAAUUUGUCCCGAUAGUAAUUGUCCCUAUUUUACAACACGUAAAGAACAUUAUCAUUGUGUUAAACCAAGAUGUUAUACAGCUAGUGAUAGCCUAGAUGUGAUGAAUACGCAUCGACGAGAAUUUCAUCAGUAUACAAGUAUUGAACAAGGUUUUGAAUACUUUGACACAAGUAUUGAUUGUCGUCGACCUAUAUGUCAUAAUAAUAAGGUGCAUAAACAUUUUCAUUGUAUAUACCCGAAUUGUGACUAUACAUUUGUUCGUGCUAGUACAAUGCAACAACAUGCUAAGAAGCAUACAGAGAAUUUGAAAUCUAAUCAAUCCGCCUCAGCUAAACAUCACAGCAUCCCAAAUCUUGCAAUGAGAAAUGUUCUAAGUGAUGAUGCGCCUUCAGGUAAAAUGAAUCUGCCAGAAACAGACAGUCGAAUCAGUAAUAAAACCGCUGAAAUACAGCCAAAUUCACAUAAUGCCGCAAAAUUGGAUCCUGUUGUUGCACUUCUUCCAUUGGGCUUGAAUCCAGAAAACUUUCCUGUUAUCCUGCCUAGCGAUCAGAACACCGCCAUCAUCAGCAAUAGCAACAAUAACAACAACUCGUCGGCUGAUAAUUUAAAAAUUCCUCCUCUCGGUAACCUUUCACAGCCUAUAGAAUGUGCAGAGAAUGGUCUGUUACCCGGUUUACUUCCUAUAUGGGCUGCAGCAAUGGCAUCAGCCGCAGCGGCUACUGCUGCUAUCACGACAGGAUCAAGUAAUCUAACUUCAAAAGUUGAUUAUACUUCUAUGAUGUUAAAUGGUUGUGUGCCUGAUAUCCCUUGUAUCAGUCAGCCUUUUAAUCAAUCAAUAAAGUUGUGUAUACCUUCAGAGAGUCAUUUACCUUACAAGGACAAAGAAACAGAUAUAACCCGGUUGGAUGUUCCCCUCGCUCCCCACUUUGCUUCUUCUUCCUGUCCUACUUCAAGUUUGGAAUGA